CCAGACUCAGUAUGUCAGAUAGUCGUAAAUUUUGCUUUGAAAAUAAAUUUAAAAUUUAAAAAACUAUUUGGCGACCAGUUCAAAAGAUCAACAAUCGAGAAUUUUAUUUCAGCAUGUUUGAAAACUUAUUAAGUGAAAGUGAAAACGGCUAUAAAAAUGCUGCGCUGUACCGAUUGAUACUCCUAUUAUGUCUGUGUCACUUUGCAUGCUCUGCUAAAACUCAACUAUACGAUGAGCCCCGAUUACCCGCGAAUGUUAAGCCAUUUCACUAUGAUAUUAGACUGUUAACUCACCUAGAGAGUUCAGCUAAUCACAGCUACAUUGGUUUGGUUAAAAUUUCCAUUCAUGUUGAAAAAAACACCAAUCAAGUGGUGCUUCAUGUUGGCAGAGUUUCAAUCGAGGCAAGGAAAAUCACACUAUUUGGUGAGACCUUCUACUAUCGUCUUAUAUCUGUGAGGUUCAUCAAGGAUCGGGAAUAUAUGGUUGUUACUUUCAACCAGUCCUUGUUGAUGGGCAAAUCCUAUGUCCUCAGUAUCGAUUUUGGUAGGUCAAUGUCCAUGAAUGCGAGGGAUGGUUAUUUUAUAGGCCACUACGUAAAUUCGAAAACCUCGGAGAAAAUCUGGUACUCCGUUUCCCAUUUUAAUCGAAACUGGAUAAGGAACACCAUGCCUAGUUUUGAUGAGCCCUCCCUGAAGGCCACUUUUAAUGUGACCAUUGGUCAUCACAAGCGCUUUCAGAGCUACAGCAAUAUGAAUAUCCGAGCUGUGCAGCCCAACCGUGAAAUAGAGGACUAUGUGUGGUCUGUGCAUGAGGUUACGCCCGCGAUUCCCAUACACCUGCUGUCCUUUUCCGUAAACAACUUCACCUGCCGGUAUAGCCAAGCAGCCAGUACGAAUCCUGUUCGAUUUCGUACCUGUGCCCAGUCAGCUGAUGUGCGUGAGACCUCUUUUGCCGCACAAAUGGCUCCUCAGAUUCUAGAGUUUCUGGACAGGUUGCUUCAGGUGGCCCUACCGCUGGAGAAGAUCGACCAAUUGGUGGUGAAUGAUUUUCCCACAGAAGCCCUGGAGAAUUUCGGGCUCGUAGUCUACAGUAGCAAACAUCUUUUGCUGCGUGAGGAUGGGCCAAUGACCAAGGAAAAACUGCAGGCACUCGAGCUAAUCGCUUACGAAAUGGCCCAUAUGUGGUUUGGCAAUUUGCUGGGAAUGGACUUGUAUUCCGAUAUCUGGUUAACGGAGGGUCUGGCGGGGUACUUCAAAAGCCUCGCCGUGGAUCAUUUCCAAUCGGGAAUGGGUCGUCGAAUACUGCUCAAGUAUCGCGAAUCAUCCAUCAUGUACGAAUCGCAGGUGGGCGGCAUAUCCUUGAUGCCUCUUUCAUCGGUCGUCAGUCCUACAGAAGAGAAGCCACUGUACCAGAAAGCUACUUCUCUAAUUUAUAUGGCUAUUGGCUUUUUGGGCAAUGUGACUUUUUACGAUGGACUUCAGCGACACAUGUGGCAGAACUCCUUUGGCAGCAGCACGCCUGAUCUCUUCUGGAGAUCCCUACAACUGGCCAGUGAAAGGCAAGGCUCUUUUGUUAAAAACUGGGAUGUCAAAAGCAUUAUGGACACGUGGAUUGUGCAAAGCGGCUAUCCCUUAGUCACGGUAAUCCGGAAUGGGAGUGAAGUGUUUGUGGAACAGAGACAUGCCCUCAACCGCAGCAGUUCCCAGCUCUGGUGGAUCCCUCUCACCUAUCUCAUAGAAGGCGGAUCCUUUGUCAAAAGCCUCAAGCCGAAAGCGUUGCUAAGUCCAAAAAACCAUAGCCUUAAACUAAAUGAAUUCGUUCCACGUAACCAGUGGAUCCUUCUUAAUCUGAGGUCCGUUGGCUACUACAGAGUCAAUUAUGACGAGCUCACCUGGCAGCUUUUGGCCACCACGCUGUUCAAUGACUUUCGCAGCAUAAAUGUACUAAACCGUGCCCAGAUCGUCAGCGAUAUUCUAUUCCUAUGGAAUCAAGAGCUACUUACUUGGUCCACCGCCUUUAAUGUAUUGAAGUACAUCAUCAACGAGGACGAGUACGAACCUCUGAUGGCUUUCGUUGUGGGCUUGACCAAUGGUUUCUGGGGCAUCUCGACGGAGAGUUCAUUUAGCAUUGCGAAAUGGCUAGGUGUUGCUGUAAAAUGGUAUGCGGAGUUCAUCAGUUACACGUUCGACAAAUUCGUAGUUCAGGAUCCUAACCAGAAUCUGAAUAGCCUUGACUACCCCGACUAACCAGAAACAAUGGGGCCUCAUGCGAGCACCACAAACUAAUGGACCAGGCCAAAUGCACUCCCACUUGCCCAGUGCCAAGUCUCCUUCUUUGGGACCUGGCGAAAUGAAACCGCCAUCAAUGAACCGCAAUUGUAUUUGUUUGCAAAUAACGGAGCGUUAUCUGAGACUAUUUAUCUUUAUCUGCAACAACAGCAAAGGCAUCUUCGCACAAUGCCAAAGGACCCAGGAAGCAGCAGCCACUGGGAACUGCGGCUCCACUUACAGCCAAGGCGCCAACUGAAAUAAUGUUGCAGGCGAAAUAACAAUAAAGGCGGGCCGCGAAAAGGACUGGGCAGAAAUAAAGGACAGUAUCGAUGCUCCUUUCCGCAGCGGUAAAGACAAUGGCAGACCACGUAGUUUGCAGCAAUUUCCAUGGCAAUGCAUUGGACUCCUACUUGGCAGUCACUUCAACGAGUCCAGUCUUUAAGGUCGACGCAAAGAGUUUUAGCACGAAGUUUGUUGAAAGAAAUAUAAGUAAACUAUUAUAAUUGGUUAAAAA